AUGCCUCUUCCUAUUCAACCACAACCUAGCGACCUUGACCAAUCUUAUUCAGAACAAAUCCCAGAACACAAGUCAAAAAAACCGGACCUUAAAAUUAAAGUUAACAAUUCAAAUAUAGCAACUUGUUCUUCUUCUCAUGAUGAAUCGUGUUCACCAACUCAUAUAUGUAACGAAAAAUAUCCCAUACUGUCUCCUUUAACAGGAAUAUUUCCCGAUCAGAUCCCAAGUCCAUCCUUUCCACCACCUAAUUACAAGCAUCAAAAUAAUGAAGGAGCAACUCAAAUUUUAAUAGAUCAACAAGUUCCAAAAGAUUCAUCAAUUCCUCUUUCAAGUUUUUCAUUUUCUAAAGGUGACAUUGAAACGACCUGUCGCUCUUUACCAGAAAGUCCCAAUUCACAAUGUCACAUUAAUUUUUCAAUCCUCGAAUCAUUUGCUCGCACAAAUAAAGAUGCAGAUUUUGUUUCUAGAAAUUAUUAUCGCCCAGUGGAAACAACAACUAGUUUUUCACGUCAUCGACCUUUAGUUCCUCAAUCAAUUCUCCAAGUUGAUCAUAAUUCUAUUCAAGAGUCUAUAUCCAAAGAUGAAAAAGACUUUUUAAAGAAAUCUGCUGUUCCUAACUCAAAAGAUGAUUCUAUUGCACCUAAAAUGGAAAAGCAAAUAUCAACUGUUAAUGAGCGUCGCAUGUCAUUUACAAUGGAUAGAUUCAUUAUUUUUACCGCGAAUAAUGAAAACAAGAUACAGGCUCCAACACUCUGCUCUCUUUUGGAAAAUGGAGAGUACUUACCAAACCUAUUUUCUAAGAAAAAUGGAGUUUGGUGGUUGGAUUGCCUUGAUCCGACUGACGAUGAGAUGCAUGUUAUAGGUAACUCUUUUGGAAUUCAUCCUCUUACUGUCGAAGACAUCAGCCAAAAGGAGUCUCACGAAAAAGUAGAGUUAUUUAAAAACUAUUACUUUCUUUGUUUUAAUACGUUUAAUAAUGACAAAGAUUCUGAGGAAUUUCUGGAUCCCAUAACUAUUUAUAUUGUUGUUUUUAAAGAAGGGAUAAUCACUUUUCAUUUUACACCGUUUGGUCACACCUCAAAUGUCAGACGCCGUGUUCGACAACUUCGUGACUUUGUUAAGGUUUCUUCAGACUGGUUAUGUUACGCCAUUCUUGACGACAUUACUGAUAGCUUUGCACCUAUCAUCCAAGAUCUUGAAAUUGAAAUAGAUGUGAUUGAAGAUUCAGUUUACUUGUCUCGCAAGCCAGACUUUGGUCCAAUGAUUCGCCGCAUUGGUGAGUCCCGAAACAAGGUUAAUCUCAUGCUUCGUCUUCUUUCAAGAAAAGCAGACGUAAUUAAAAUGUUUGUCAAGAGGUGCCAAGAAGAAUAUAAAAGGACAUCCCACGAAGAAAUUUCAAUUUAUCUUAGUGAUGUUCAAGAUCAUGUCAUUACUAUGCGCAACAGUCUAUCAAUUUAUGAAAAAAUGCUUUCUCGCUCUCACGCUAAUUACCUUGCUCAAUUACAAGUCGAGUCUGUUAAUUCCAAUAACAGAGUGACUAAAGUUCUUGGACGUGUUACUUUGAUUGGUACCGUUUUAGUUCCUCUUAAUUUGGUCACUGGUCUAUUUGGCAUGAACGUCAGAGUCCCUGGUCAAGAAGGAGAAGAUUUAAAAUGGUUUUUUGGAGUGAUUGGUUUUAUUGUCACCCUUGUCAUCAUUUUUUCUCUUAUUGCCAAUCAUUGGAUAACUGAGGCAGAAGCCCCCGAACCCCAGCUGGAAACUAAACCCAAAAAGAAGAAAUUCCAUGCGGCUGCUAAAAAGCUCAAUCCCUUUUCAAUUAGCUACGAUAAGUCAACUGAUAAACGGAAUUAUUAG